CAUGAUGUCUUUAGAGUCCAAAUAACGUCAAAUCUAUUAAACACCAAUGGUCAAAACCCUGCCCUACACACGCAUACGGAGCAGGUGGGCCGUGUUAACCCCCUAAUGCCAAACUGACGUGUUUUGUUGCUGUUGGGGUCUGUUUACUACAUCAUAGCUAGUUUGCAGCCCACUUUGUGCACAUCCCAAUAGUAUUGGAUGUAACUAAUUAUCAAUUGUUAUUUGUAAACAAAAGACUAAAAGUAUUUAAAUAUUUUAACAAAAAAAACUCCUUGGCAGGCAAACACGCGCGUUCACAAGUGUAGCAGCCCUCCAGGCAAGCGCGUUCACAAGUGGAAAAGGUAAGCAGGCGCGUUCACAAACUGAGCUGCCAAUCAGUCAGCCAGCUAGGCGCGUUCACAGUGACUGCGGUGAGCUGAUCUGAUCUGAGAGGCGCCAAAAGGAGGACGGUUGUUCUCUGCGACUGUGAGGCAUCAGCGCUGUUUGUUUAUGGGAACGAGGUGACUCUGGUGGACCUUCUCAGUGGCUGCUCAAAGAAAGAUUUCGAGACCCGGUCAGCGAGGUGUUUUUAAAGCGAGUGGCAGCUUAGCGAUGGAGCUGCACAAUGUCAGAGUGUGGGUGCGUAUGGAGCCCUUCCUGGUGGGGGCACUGCAGGCCCCCCCUCCAGCCAAGUUCAGCAUGCACUACCUGCGUAAGAUGGCCACCUACGUGCGCACGCGGGCCAAGGACGGUUGCUUCCCGCGCCUCUGCUGGCCCAUGUGGAGGCACAUCGCCUGUGGCAAGCUGCAGCUGCCCGACGAGCUGGCCUGGGUCUACUUCGAGACCUUCGACCUGAUGGCAGAACGCUCCCCGGAGGAGAGGCUGGAGUGGGCAGAGGCGGUCUCGCAGUGCAGCACCCGUGAGGAGUUGAACAGGUUGCGGCACAAGCUGUCUGUGGACACGCUGCAGUUUCUGCUGUUCCUGUACACCCAGCAGCUGAACCGCGUUUCCCUGCGCACCUCGCUGAUCGGGGAGGAGUGGCCCAGUCCCCGAGCGCGCUCCCCCUCACCCGACCACGAGUGCAAGACCAGCCUGCAGAACAAGAACUGUGAUGACCAGGCGCACCUGGCGUUUGUGCAGACCCACCUGUCGGAUCUGCUGGAGCUGGUCCUGGACCCGGAGCAGCUCAGCUCGUCGGGUCACUGUGCCCACGACAGCCUGCUCUCCCCUGAGGCUCUGAGGGGCCUCAGCUUCCUGCUGGAGGGGUCCGUGAGCAAGGCCCGCGCUGUUCACCCCCUCCACGAGCUGCUGUCCUGGGUGCCGCUGCAGACACAGGCCGGCUACUCCAAGCUGUCUCGGGCCUUUUCCCUGCAGAGACUGCAGUCCUGGCUGAAAGACACACUCACACUAAACCCCUUCGGCUACACUGCCUGCCUCAAGACUGGCAAGAAGCUCGCCUGGGCACAACAAGUAGAAGGUACGAUGAAGAGGGCGAAGAUUGCCAGGAACACCCACAACGCCCCUGCGGGCAGCAGAAUGGUACUGAUGUCUCAGGUGUACAAACAGACACUGGCCAAGGACUCAGAGAAGCUGUCUGGAGCUAACGUGAAGCUGCAUCGCUGCAACGAGUCUUUUAUAUACCUCCUCUCACCUCUGAGGUCAGUCAGUAUUGAGAAGUGCCGGAACACCACGCUAGUGCUGGGCCCUGUGCAGACGAGCGUUCACGUGCAGAGCUGUGAGAAUGUGAAGGUGGUAUGUGUGGCGGGCCGCCUGUCUGUCUGCGCUUCCUCCUACUGCACCUUCCACAUGCUCACCCCCACGAGACCCCUGCUUCUGUCUGGGAACGUGGCCCUGACCCUGGCCCCCUACCACACAAACUACCCAUCGCUGGAGGACCACAUGGCGAGUGUGGGGCUUGCUGUGGUGCCCAACCUGUGGGACCAGCCUGUGUGCCUUGGAACAGAGGGCAUAGAGACCCCCUCACCAGCCCCCUACUGCCUGCUGCCCCCCGGAGAGUUCAACGUGCUGGUGGUGCCCUUCGAGAUGGAUGGGGACACCAGUGAGAUACCCGGGGGUCUGCCUCCCUCCUACCAAGCUGCGAUCAGCCACCGCGAGCAGAAGGUGCAGGCCUGGCAGAGGACCGUCAAGGAGGCACGCCUCAACAAGGAGCAGCGCAAGCAGUUCCAGGUGCUGGUGGAGCAGAAGUUUCAUGAGUGGCUGCUGGAGACGGGGCACAGGCAGCAGCUGGACAGCUUGAUCCCAGCCCCCACAGACUCCAAACAGGCAGCCGGCUAGACCCCCUGCACCCUACAGAAACAAACAUGGGGUAUCCAUUCACAGGCAGCCGGCUAGACCCCCUGCACCCUACAGACACAAACAUGGGGUAUCCAUUCACAGGCAGCCGGCUAAACCCCCUGCACCCUACAGACACAAAUGUGAGGUAUCCAUUCACAGGCACCCUACAGCAGACACAAACGUGGGGUAUCCAUUCACAGGCAGCCGACCUAGACCUCUACACCCUACAGACACAAACGUGGGGUUUCCAAACAUGUACAGGAGACGGGUAUCUAUGUAUUGCCAAAAGUAGAACUUCAAAGUCCAGCCACACCUUUCUCAAACAGACAUGCUGGUAGAAGGAACAGGACCCUCUCCCCCCAUACCAUGCUGUGUGACCUUCUGGCAUACAGGUUUGUGCUCUCCCUGUUUAGCCUGCUGAAUACAAGUGGGAAUUAGCUUUUGCUGUAUGUUGCUUCUCAGGUUUGUGGUUCUCUUCUUCCAGUCAAAGCCAGUAACCAUGGAAUGAGGUGGACAGUCUUAUCUGUAAAUAUGGAAGUGCAUUUCAAAAUAAACGAAACAAACAAAAGUUGAUAUUUAUAUAAGGACAGAUACUAUAAUUAUGAUUUGUUAUUAUUAUUUGUGCUGUUGAGGCAUCCUCAUGAGGGACCUGUCCUUAAAUGUAUUUAUUUGUCUGAAGACACUGUAUUAUAACUUGAAAUUUGAUUUCCUUGGGUGCCCUGGAGUUGGUACCUUUGACUUUUUGACAGGCGUUCAUAUUCUUUAAUGCUUUAAGCAUCACACAGGACCCCCAGCACAUAAAGAGCUCAACUGCCACACACACCAGACUGAGGUGCUUUCCACUCUUUGUGGUAUUUGUGUUUCCUGAGAUCCUUUUCACCAUUUAUUAUUGAAAGUGUGUGGCUAAUAUUUAUUUCUGUAUUCAGAACUAUUUUGCUUUGUUUUCUCCUAAAUACACUGAAACCAUAAUGUUGUUCCCUUUCUUAAAAAAAAAAAGCAUUUAAUAAAUAAAUCUCUGUGCUCUGUC